AUGGUGGAGCGGGGAGACGCAGCGCCUCUGCUGCGCUGGGCCCAGGGCCCCGCCGUGUCCCCGCCGAGCGCCCCGGAGCUGCAGGCCCAAGGCCGGGGUUGGGCCAGGGGCGCGCGGGCGCCCGAGGAGCUGGGAGCCCCCGAGGUGCUGCUGCAGCCAGGGCGUCUGGAGCUGGGCGACGUGGAGGAGGACCAGGUGGUGGCCGUGUUCGUGGUCACCUUCGAUCCCCGCUCGGGAAACAUGGUGGAAUGGUGCUUACCACAAGAUAUCGACCUUGAAGGAGUUGAAUUCAAGUCUAUGGCUAGUGGGUCUCACAAGAUCCAGUCUGAUUUCAUCUAUUUCCGCAAGGGCCCCUUCUUCGGCCUGGCCUGCUUCGCCAACAUGCCAGUGGAAAGCAAGCUGGAGCGGGGGGCCCGCAUGAAGUCAGUGGGCAUCCUGUCCCCAUCCUACACCCUGCUGUACCGCUACAUGCAUUUCCUGGAGAACCAAGUUCGGCACCAGCUGGAGACGCCGGGACACUAUUCUCAUCUGGCUGCGUUCUACGAGGACAAGAAAGGGGUGCUCCACACUGGUCCAGGGAGAGGCAGCCGCCUGCCUCCCGUCUACUGGCUGUCCUCCAUCCACCGGUACAUGUACCCCGAGAUGAAGAUCACACACCCGGCCGGCUGCAUGUCUCAGUUCAUCAAGUUCUUCGGAGAACGGAUCCUCACCCUGUGGAAGUUUGCGUUACUACGGAAACGCAUCCUCAUCUUCUCCCCGCCGCCUGUGGGCGUUGUCUGCUAUCGAGUGUACUGCUGCUGCUGCCUGGCCAACAUCUCUCUGCCUGGCAUUGGGGGCACCAUCCCCGAGUCCAAACCCUUCUUCUACGUGAAUGUGACCGACAUCGACAGCUUGGAGGUGGAGAUGUCUUACGUAGCCUGCACCACAGAGAAGAUCUUCGAGGAGAAACGGGAGCUCUAUGAUGUCUACGUGGACAACCAGAACGUGAGGACUCACCACGACCACCUGCAGCCUCUGCUGAAAAUCAACAACGCCGACCGGGAGAAGUACCGACGCCUCACAGAGCAGAGGCAGAUGCUGCUGUACUCCCAGGAAGUGGAGGGAGACUACAACCCAUGUGAGGAGGACCUCUUUGUGCUGUUUUUCCUAGAGCAGAACAACCGGAUAUUCCAGACGUUGCUGGAGGUUUCUGCGAGUCAAGACAAGACGCUGACAGCUGAGCAUGCCCGGGGCAUGGGCCUCGACCCCCAGGGGGACCGCAGCUUCCUCGUGGACUUGCUGGAGGCCUAUGGGAUUGAUGUCAUGCUGGUCAUCGACAACCCCUGCUGCCCGUAG